GAAACCAGAAAGAAAAACGUAAGCCCCACAUCUUCAACAAACCAAAAUACCCUUUCUUUUCUCUCUUUUACAAGUUUUUUCUUUUAAUUAUUCUUCUUGGUUUUUGUUCUCUUCUCCUUCACCAAUCACCAUUACCUGCAGCCAUGAUGGCAACCCUCCAAUCCGACCAGCUCAAGCAGCUCAAGGACAUCUUCAUGCGCUUUGACAUGGAUUCCGAUGGGAGCCUGACUCAGCUAGAGCUCGCCGCACUUCUUCGCUCUCUCGGCCUCAAACCUUCAGGCGACCAAAUCCAUGUCUUGCUAUCCAACAUGGAUGCAAAUGGCAAUGGAUAUGUUGAGUUUGAUGAAUUGGUGACCGCCAUAUUGCCUGACAUGAACGAAGAAGUAUUGAUCAACCAGGAGCAGUUAUUGGAGGUCUUUCGAUCAUUUGAUCGCGAUGGCAAUGGAUAUAUUACUGCAGCUGAGCUUGCAGGAUCCAUGGCUAAAAUGGGUCAUCCAUUAACUUAUCAAGAACUAUCUCAGAUGAUGAGGGAGGCUGAUACAAAUGGAGAUGGUGUCAUUAGUUUUAAUGAGUUUGCUAAUAUCAUGGCAAAAUCUGCUGCUGAUUUUCUUGGCCUCACCCUGUAGGCAUAGCCAAUGGUUUCAGAAAUGGCUAUGUGGAUCUAAAUUUUCAGAAAUGGUGAUGGAUGUUUCAGGGAUGGUCUUGGAUGUUUUCAGAAAUGGUUUCUAUCAUUCUUUCUUUGUCUGUGCGUGUGUCUUAAUUUUGAGGUCUGGUCUUUGGUAGGAUUUGAUUGGAGGAGAGCUGCACAAUGAACCAUGUAAUGAAAUUAUACAUACGCCUCAUUCCACUUUAACACAACUUUUAUCAUGUCUUAUUCUUGGUGGUUUGUAUUAAUUGACACGAAAAUGAUAUUUAACCUUUCCAAGAAUCUUGUUUUAAUUCUAUUUCACACAUCAUUA